AUGGCGGCUGAGGGGAAGAGGAAGGGCGUCCCGGCGCUAGGGUGGUGGCUGAUGCUGGUCGGCUCCUCCGCCUCGCCUCCGUCUGGUUCGGCUUCUUCGACAUCUGGGCGCUCCGCGUCGCCGUCUUCUCGCAGACGGAGAGUUUGGAGAUCCAACAAGGAGGCCUCUGUGUCUCCUUCCCGCGGGAUUCGUGAGUUUGAGCUUCGCGAGUAUUCCGAGUGGAGUCCACUGGUGGACCCUUCAGAAAAGCCAGUACGACUGACCAGGACUGAGAAUGUGACUGAUGUUCAUGGCCGUACUUUUGGUGUCUGGACUCUUCUGACCUGCACGCUGUGCUUCCUUUGUGCACUGAACCUAGAAAACAGGCCUCUGUAUCUGGCCACCUUCCUAUCAUUCAUCUACGCUCUUGGUCAUUUCCUCACGGAAUACUUGAUAUACCACACCAUGGCUGCAACAAAUCUGAGCACAGUUGGCUUCUUUGCAGCCACUCUGAUCAGUUCUCUGAUUUAUUUAUAUAGGAACGUCAAUCAUAUGGAUGCUUCUUCAGUGGAAUUCUCAUGGGAAUCCUCGAUGUUCCCAUGCCGUGAAGCAAUCAUGAUUGAUGCUUGGGCUGUUAGCUUGAUGUGGUGUGGGCCUCUGGGGGAGGAAGGAUGCCUGAAGGAAGCUUGCUGGGAAGCCACCUGA